AUGUCAUUGGAUAAUACCGGCCCCGAGUUGGUGAAAGACCAGUUCUUCGGUACGUCAGCAGUCAUUUACAUUGCGAACCCUUUCAUACAGCAGCGGGGGCACCACUGUUACUACACUGCCUACACUACAUCUCCGGGUGACACUGUGCCCGCCUGGCAGCGGCUACUGCCGCAAGAGGAGGCGUUUUGUUCAGAAGACCCGUUUGCAGCACCGGACAAUGCCCAGGCCUCCCUAGAGGACGAUGACGAGAUGGCAGAAGAGGCUGAAGUCGAGACGAGGAGAAAACAGGCCUCCACCACGGACAUUACGCUGUUUCUCGACCAUAUCUUCCGGCCGAACCUCUUCUCUAAACUUGCCAUUUACAAUGCACUUCAAUCAACUUUACAAUGCCACAAUCGACCCAUAGCACGCGUGAAUCCAAACGAAUCACUUGAGUCCCUCCGAAUAACAGUAACCCGGUGUCUAUCAACUGAGCUGCGGUCCCAAAUGUCAGCUACGGAGUUUAAGAACCUUCUCUACGCCUUUCAUGCCAGCGUAACGGAUUAUCACACGCAGGGUUGUCAGCCUCUUGGACUUUUCAGCUUGACUCCUAAGCCACAGACGCUGUACGAACAGAUGCAGGCCAUCCAACUAUACACUCGCGAAAGUUUACUGACGCGCUGUCGUGCGUUGGUGCGGAAUCUGUCAAACAAUUCUGUCUGGCUCAGCCACGACCGCGAACUCUUCCAUGACUUCGAUAACUUUUCCAACCCGAAGGCCGUCUUAGGUCGACUUCUGUGA